CUAUGGUAUAUGUGUAGGCUUACACAGUCAGUAGGAGGGCAGGAAGUGUUAACCACUGUAGAGAGGAGAGAUACAGUUCACAUCAUCAGUGUCACCGACCUGCACACAGAGACUGUUGGCUCUGACGGACAUGACCAUGAACAGCUCGUAGGAAUGUGUAUCUUUACCUUGAUGGACGGACCGCGGUCUGAUCGCCUCGUGCUGGUCCUCUGUCUCCUGUUCCUGCUCUGUGACCGUGACAACGGAGCGGACCAAGGCUUAUCAUGUGUCUCUGAGGUGCGUGUAAGAAGAAAUACUGCAUUUAAAGCUGUACCUCUGAAUCGGUUGACUAUCAACUGUACAGUCAAGCACUGUGGAGAUGUGCCAAAUAUCACCUGGUGUAAAUUCUUGGACUCAAGUAUCUGCAAACCGAUGACUGAUGCAGGGAAUAUAAAAGUCAGUCAAAAGAAAUUAUCAGCUCAUGAGGUGAUGUCAUUUUUGUUUUUUAAGAAGAUAUCUAUGGAUGACCAGGGCCAGUAUAGAUGUUACUUAGCUGGGAAUGAAAACUCAGUUGUUAGCCACGCGAUCAGUGUCAAUGUCUCUGAGAGGGACGUGGGAUUCGAAUACUCAGGCAACAACACCGGUGACAUACCAACUUCCAAAUAUAAAAUGGAUGUGUACUGGCUACCAUAUGUUGGCAUCUGUAUGGGCGUCCUUCUGCUGGUGGUCAUGGUCACAGCAAUCUUCUUCUUCUCCCUGGACGGCUGUGAAGGACCAAUAACAUCCGCCAAGAGCAGGACAAAGGUGCAGGAGGCGUCCACACCAGCAGCAUGUCCAGACCCAAACUCCAACCCUAAAGGAACCCUUCCAUCAUCAUCAUCAUCAUCAUCUUCGUCCUCUAACCCAAAUAACAACCAACUAAACAAUCUCUAUGACAGCUGCAUCAACGGGCCAUUGCAGCACAGCUACCUGCUGAUGAGCGGAACGCCGCCUUCCUCUGACAUAGCAGAUGGAGAUCAUGGGUCAAGCCAGCUUGUGUACGCUGCACUGAAUCAUCAGAACAACAGGGGGCCACCGAAACCCAGCCCCUCGCCGAGGCCCCUGGAGGAAGCCACUGAGUACGCAGCCAUCCGGACAUACUGAGCCACAAGUCACCGAGGGAGACAUUUGGGGUAUUUUCAUGUUUUUUGUAAUGAAUUAGGGGGCUUAUUUAACUCAUAUGCACUCAUUGGGACAAUAUUUUACGUGUGAUGGAAAGUGUCAGCAAUGUGUUAACCUCAGUCCAGGGCUGUUUCGGAGAAGAUGAUGUGAGUUGUGAAGAAGGGGGCUGUCGAGGUUUGAAAAGCGGGUGAGAGGUGUCACUCGUCCUCACCCGUUCUUUCUGACAGGGGAGCACAAAUGUCAUGUUAACACUGGAGCCACGAUGGGUAAUUAACAUGCAAACCAGCCUUAGUGAAUGACCGAAAAAAACAAUACUGUUGUGUGGAACAGUCUGUGUGGAAGGAAAGAAACGCUUUGGUUGGAGGUCUUGCUAUGGUUUGUGACGGUUACGGGAUGUAUGUGAGAAACAUUUCACGCCGAGCAUGUCCUUAUGUGUGUCUGCUUGUAAGAUAAAAUGACACAGGAUGUGACUUCCUUGUCUUGGCCCGCGUGCUACCUGAGGAGGAUGGCGUGCUGGGGCUUUCCAUGGUUUAUGUGAACUGUUGAGCCCACCAUACACUCAUAACUGUAGCUAACUGUAUACAGUGCCCCCCCCCCACCAAUGAAAAUGUUAUUUAAAGGGACAAUCUGCUGUUGCGUCAUACAUUUUAUUACUUUUAAGUUCUUUACAUGUUCAUUCUA